AUGGCUUUAAUGGUGCCCAAGGUGUCCAUCGGCGCCAAUGGCCGAGCCAUGCCCGUUAUUGGGAUGGGUACUGCAUCAUUGUCGCCGGAGGCCAUGCUCGAAGCUAUUAGAAUUGGCUACCGCCACUUCGACACUGCUUUCGUGUACGGGUCGGAGAAGCCUCUUGGCGAAGCAAUUGCCCAAGCCCUGCACCUAGGGCUCAUCAAAUCCAGGGACGAGCUAUUCAUCACUUCCAAGCUCUGGUGCACCUCUGCCGAGAAAGACCUUGUCGUGCCCGCCAUCAAGAAAAGCCUCGGGAAUCUUCAACUGGAAUACCUUGAUCUGUUUCUGAUACACUGGCCGCUGAGGCUGAGCAAAGAAAUGCGCCAAAUACCAGUUCCAAAAGAAGAUCUUCUUCCAAUUGACAUAAAGUCGUUGUGGGAAGGCAUGGAAGAGUGCCAGACUAUGGGGCUCACCAAAGCCAUUGGCGUUAGUAAUUUCUCCCGAAAGAAGCUUGAGGAGCUCAUUUCCACUGCCAAGAUCCCGCCGGCGGUCAAUCAGGUGGAAAUGCACCCAAUGUGGCAGCAAAAGGAAUUGGUUGAUUUCUGCAAGACGAAGGGUAUUCAUGUCACUGCCUACUCUCCUUUAGGUGCAAUAAGUACUUCAAAGAGAAACAACCAAACGGUGGCAUCUAGCCUCGUGGAAGAGAUAGCCAAGGCCCAUGGCAAAACUUCUGCUCAGGUUUGUUUGAGGUGGUUGUAUGAGCAAGGGGUGAGCAUGCUGCCGCAGAGUGGGAACAAGAAGAGGAUGAAGGAGAACCUUAUGAUCUUUGAUUGGGCUUUGAGUGGGGAAGAGCUAAACAAGUUUACCCAGCUUCCUCAGCACAAAAUGCUCCGACCUUCCUCUUUUCUGGGCUCCCAUGAUUUGGUGCUGGAGACUGAAGAAGGCAUAUAG